AUGACUGAACUAAUCUUUGCUAAUAACUUUUGGGGAAUGAAAGAUGAAGGAUAUCAUGUAUUGACUGCUAAAAUGAAUAGCACUAAAAAGACAUUUGAUGAAGUAAAAUCAUUUUAUAAUAUCAGAGCAUCGCUUCAUGAAGAAUUUGGACGUAAAUUGAUGAAGCAUGCAAAAGCUUCUAUAGGUCGUGAAGAGACUGGAACACUCUACGCUCUUUUAUCUUCAGCACAUAAAGAAAUGGAAUGGACUGCUCAAGCACACUUGAACUUGGCACAAAAAAUUAAAGCCAGACUGGAAGUGGACUUGGAUAAUUUUAUAUUGGAGCAAAAAGAUAAACGAAAAUUAGUACAUGUUAAUGCCGAAAAGGCUCACAGACUCAAGACAUCCAGUGAGGCAUAUCUUUCUAAAGUCAAGGAAAAAUAUGAAUCAGAUUGUGCAAAAUUAUAUACACUUCAGGCACAAUUACCAAAUGCGGCAGGACGUGAAGCAGACAGAAUCAAGCAAAAGAUUGACAGAACACAGCAUGAAAUAAAGAUUCAAGAGCAAGAAUAUAAGAAUGCUUGCAACAAAUUAGCCGACGCAACAGAACAGUGGAACAAGGCCUGGAAGAUUGCAUGUGAUACGUAUCAAGGAAUGGAAAAGAAGAGACUUGAUUUCCUUCAUCAUAGUUUUGCAAUGUACAUCAAUGUGCUUUCGACGGCAUCAAGUCAAGAUAUGGAGUCAUACGAAAGGUUCUGGAAAGCAUUAGAUAAUUAUGACCCAGAUGGUGACAUUCAAACGUUCAUUAAAGAAAAAGGGACCGGAGCCAAGAUACCAGAGCCUGAGGUAUUUGUUGACUACUUGGAUGAUCCCUCAACCAACUAUGACAAAUAUACAUUGGCCAGCUUUAAUUGCCCCAAUGAACUUGUAUCUCCAGUAGAUCCGUCAACGACAAAACCAGAGUUGACUGUUCGAAAUCCAACUGAAGAAACGGCUCCGAUACAGGCCACAAUGACAACGGAACUUGUUACAGAACCAGAACGUAAACGGUCCAUCAUCCGUAAUAGAGUCAAACCACUUCCAUCCCUUUCUACGCCUCUCACAAAACAGAAAAAGCCGAGCAUCAUUAGACGUUCGUCUUCUAUCAAGGUGACUCAAAAAGAAGAACGACAGCAACAACAACAACAAACUGAAACGGUUCAGCCAGAGACAAAAUCAGUAGAUGAAAAUGGUGAUAUUAAAAUUGACCCUCGUGCAAAGGUUGUGCUUGCCAUCGGUAACAAUAUGUUUGACUUGGGUAACCUGGCUGCUACCGAGGAACCAAAAAAGCCAAGUACAAAGUUAUAUCAUCGACGUUCGACUAUACGGCACCGAAAUGCAGACUUGGAUCCUUCCUGUAACUUUUCCUAUAAAAGCUUACUCGAAGAACUGGGGAUAUUUGAUAACAAAGGAGAACAAAAGAAUAAUCAUGCAAAUGUUACUGACGAACCUCUCUUGGCCUCUUCUUCAAAUGAAGAUGUAAUCACAGUUAGACGAAGAUCAGUUAAAAAACAACCUGAAAAUACAUCACGACAGGAAAGCAAACAGCCAUACUUGAUACAGCAGCAACAACAACCUCAGCAAUCAUCCUAUUACCAUUAUCCUCCAUCUAUAGUUACUUGCAAUACCUACUAUGCACCUCAACAAAACACCUCGCCUAUUUAUUCAACUGCAGCAGGCUAUCCGCCAAACUCGUCCUAUAGUAAUGGCCACUCAAUUUUGUUCUGGGCGCUUACUUUAACCGACUGGUUCAGUAAUAAUCCUGAAGAGCUUCAGUAUACCAGAGGCACAUGGGUAGCCAUUGUUGAUACUAACCGAAGCGACGGGUGGUAUUAUGGAAUCAAGUACGAUAAUAGAGCAAGCACACUGACAAACGAAAAAGGCUUUGUAGCUCAAAAUUGUAUUCAGCCUUAUUGA